UUGUGUUUUGUACUUGUGUUACAGUUGGGUUAUCCAUAAAAUAUGAUGCAUACCAAUAAUAUCCAGCACAAUAUAAAAUCUAGCUCGAAAAACUUAGAUGAAAAUAGACUUAUAAUGAUAUUUAAAGACAUAUUCGGAGUAAAUUCUCAAAAUAAAAUUCCAAAUAAUUUUGAUACCUGGACCGUAAACAAGCAAUGCGACUGGAUAAUAAAAAACAUAACAGAAUUAUUUCCAAACAUGCCGCAGUCUUUACAGAGCAUUAUUCCAGCUGCCUUUUGCCAAUUAAAUAAUGACCGAACCUUGGAGAAAUUACCUGAAUGGAUGGAUAUGGAUAAAUAUCGCAGGGGACAAAAAUUUGUCCAGAAAAAUUACACCGCGAUCACCAUAUCCAAAGUAAUGGGCCUGAUGUAUAUUUAUACGUUUCAAGAAGAACUGAAGCCAAUUAUUUUGGGAGCACAUAGCCAUACGCCGUAUUUAGCAUUCCAAAGGUACGUAUCGACUAUAAAACGAAUAUUCAGCUGGUAUGGUGGAGAUCCUUGGAUUAAAGGAACUAAAGCUUACAAGGAUAUGCAAGUAACACGUAGUAAGCAUUUGGCGAUGAGGAAGAAAGUGUGUCAGAUGGAUCAUGAGCAAAUUACCGCUGCGUGCACAUUCGCAAAUCCAUGGUGUCUAGAUCGUGAAUUGCUUCUAAAGGAUUUUGCUGCGGUUUCUUCACCUGAAAAUUUUGGACAGCGUCCUUAUACGAUCAGCAACAAAUCACCAUACAAACCGAAGGGUAUAAAUAACGCGGAUUUGUCAGUUACUCAGAGCUGUUUUGUAGUUAUACCUUUGCUCUAUCCACAAAGUGUUGGAAUACACGACGCGACCGACGAAGACUUGGAGGCUUUCUGUCAUAUGUGGAAAUGUUAUGGAUAUUUUCUUGGAAUAGAAGAUGAGUACAAUUUUUGCCGUGGCAGCCUCCAGGAAAUAAAACAACGCGCGAAUGAUUUUUAUCAAUAUUGGGUAAUACCAAAUUUUAAGGAGUUGACACCAGAAUGGGAGCACACAACGAGGUGUCUUGUUGAGCAAUUAAACUAUUGGCCUAUAAUAUAUAUGCCUUAUAAAGCGAUGACAUUAAUUGCCACGGACACAUUAAAUCUAAAUAUGCCUAAUUUAUACGCGUCACUUAAUUACACAGAGUGGAUCGUUUAUAAGAUCUACAAAUUUAUGUUCUUUUACGCAUUCAAAUUUUCAACUAUAAGAGACAUUAUUAAUAAUAUAAUACGCAAGGCCAUGGAUGAAGCAGCGAACUACAGUGCCGAGAAACUAGAAGAAAUUCACGAAAAAUCGAAGAAAAUUUUACCCGAUUUUUCUAUUACGUAUUAAUGGUUGAUAAAAUGUUGCCUGUUAAUAAUAGAUAUAUAUCAUAUA